AUGGAAAACAGAUGCUGCAGGACUGCUCGGGCGGUGCAGCUGCACUGGCGGGCAUCGCAGUGCGCGCACAUCGUCCGCAUCAUGGACGUCUACGAGAACCUCUACCAGGGGAGGAAGUGUCUGCUCAUCGUCAUGGAGUGCCUGGACGGCGGGGAGCUCUUCAGCAGAAUUCAGGACAGGGGAGACCAGGCCUUCACAGAACGGGAGGCUUCAGAGAUAAUGAAGAGCAUUGGGGAGGCCAUCCAGUACCUGCACUCGAUCAACAUUGCACACAGGGAUGUGAAGCCGGAAAACCUCCUGUACACCUCCAAACGGCCCAAUGCUGUGCUGAAACUUACAGACUUCGGCUUUGCCAAAGAAACCACCACACACAACUCCUUGGCCACCCCGUGCUACACGCCCUACUAUGUGGCCCCGGAAGUGUUGGGCCCAGAGAAGUAUGACAAGUCCUGCGACAUGUGGUCCCUUGGUGUCAUCAUGUACAUUCUGCUGUGUGGAUACCCCCCCUUCUACUCCAACCACGGCCUGGCCAUCUCACCUGGCAUGAAGAAGCGAAUCCGAAUGGGCCAGUAUGAGUUUCCUAAUCCCGAAUGGUCCGAAGUGUCAGAAGAAGUUAAGCAGCUGAUCCGCAACCUGCUGAAGACGGACCCAACCCAGCGCAUGACGAUCACGGAAUUCAUGAACCACCCCUGGAUCAUGCAAUCCAUGCAGGUGCCCCAGACCCCGCUGCACACCAGCCGUGUGCUGAAAGAGGAGAAGGAUCUGUGGGAGGACGUGAAGGAGGAGAUGACCAGCGCUCUGGCCACCAUGCGCGUGGACUACGAACAAAUCAAGAUCAAGAAAAUCGAAGAUUCCUCCAACCCUUUGCUGAUGAAGAGGCGGAAAAAAGCAAACCCCCCCGAGCCCACCGCGCUCCCCCACUGAGGGUGCCCCGCGCCCACCCGCCCUCGAGAAAAACAAUAACUAUAUAUAUAUAUUUUUUAAGAAAAAAAAAGACAAAAAGAGACAGACUGUUAUACCAAGCGCAUGGAAUUCAGACAUUUAUACCAGACUAGUUAUUUUUAGCUACUCACCCGUGUUUCUGACCUUGCUGGAGCAGGUGGUAAGACCCCCCUGCCAGAUCCACACGUGCAGCCAGGGGGUCUCUCCUGUAGGUAAAUGCUGCCAAGAAUUGGAUUUAUUUUCCUUUUGUGAAACCGUUUUUGAUCU